CCCAUUUAUCAGGCACAUAUAUGUGUAAGGGCCAAAGAAAAUGAACAUAUUUGGGAGACUUUCAAGCCAAAAGGCCAAAGAAGUUAAGAAACUUAUGACCCUGUCCUUCUCCCUCCACCAUCUGUGCACAUUAGCAUCGCCACCACCUUCCACCCAUUCUCGCUUCCUUAACGUGCGCCGUCCACCACUUUUCUCUAAUUCUCCCUCCUCCUUCAGAAUGAGCUCCACCACCGCUGAAGGAACCAAUAUUAGCAAUUCAACUGAUGUUACUGAUACUGAAUUGGAGUCCAUUUUCAAGCAAAAACGGGUAAUUCGAUCCAAAGUCCGCAAAUCUCUUAAAGAAAUGGACCCUUCUCAGCGUGCUCUUGAAGAUGAUGCACUUCAGCGCUUGGUUCUAGAUGCUCCAUGGUUCAAAUCCAGCCGACGAUUAUGUGCAUAUAUAAGUUGCCGUGCAUUGCGAGAAGUUGAUACAACUACAAUUUUGGCAGAGAGCCUACAGAUUUCAGAUAAAGGAGACAAACAAGACCUCGGAGGUAAAACACUUUAUGUGCCCAGGGUGGAGGACAAAAACAGUCAUAUGCGGAUGCUUAACAUCUGUAGUAUGGAUGAUCUAAUCGCAAACUCGAUGGAAAUCCUGGAACCUGCUCCUGUGGAUAGUAGAGGAAAUCAACGUGAAGAUGUUAUGCAUGCAAGUGAAGCAGUUGACCUCUUGCUCUUACCUGGACUUGCAUUCGACAAAUCUGGAAGACGCUUAGGCCGUGGUGGAGGUUACUACGACACUUUCUUAAGGAACUACCGACAGCUUGUUAACAAACAGAACUGGAAGCUACCACUCCUUGUUGCUCUGUCAUAUUCUGUGCAAAUAUUGGAUGAUGGAGUCAUUCCAAUCACUCCCAAUGAUGUUUUUGUGGACGCUUUAAUAUCUCCAGCUGGUGUUAUUCCAAUUAGCUCAGCUGCACGUCAAAGGAUGGAGCAUGACAUAUGACUUUUCGAGGCCUGUUACCUCUGUUCUUCCUGUGGCAUUCUCUAAUGUAACUGGAGCUUCUUGAUCUCUGAGGUUGUGAUGCAUUGUUUUUAUUGAACUUUUGAUAUUACCUCUUUCCUGAUAGAAUGUUAUACAUCACGUUCAUUGUAAUAUUUGCUUGCACUUCUUAUAUCGAUACUAAAACGAUUACAAGGAA